AUGGAGAGUAUUCGUGAACGUUCAAACUCUUCUUCUGCACCUCUUUCCCCAGAUGUCGUUCAACACCUCAAAGAAUCCAUGGAAAAGAACAUGCAGUUCGAUCCUCCUUACGUUUUCGUCGUUUUCGGAGCAUCUGGCGAUUUAGCCAAGAAGAAAAUUUAUCCUACCUUGUGGUGGCUAUACCGCGAUCAACUACUUCCCCCAAACUGCAAAAUAGUCGGGUAUGCUCGUUCCGAUCUCACAGUCGAAAAGUUAAGAGGGACUUUCGAAGGAGCCUGCAAGGUACGCGAAAACGAGAAGAGUCAAUUUGAGAAUUUCAUAUCCACUUGUUCUUAUAUAAUGGGAAGAUAUGAUACAUCAGAAGGUUUUCUCAAACUUCAAACAUAUAUCGACGAUCUUCAAAAAUCGUGCAAUAAUAGACCGGUGAACCGUUUAUAUUAUCUUGCUCUUCCUCCUUCAGUUUUCGAAGUAGUAACAAGUAACUUAAAGUCCAAUUGUAUGGAUAAGGGAGACUCUUGGACAAGAAUUAUUAUUGAAAAGCCUUUUGGACAUGAUCUCGAAUCUUCUACUCAGUUAUCUACACAUUUAUCAAAGUUAUUCACUGAGAACCAACUCUAUCGAAUUGAUCACUAUCUUGGAAAAGAAAUGGUCCAGAAUCUGAUGGUUUUGAGAUUUGGAAACCGUUUCUUGGGACCUUCCUGGAAUAGAGACAAUAUUGCGUCUGUCAUGAUUUCUUUUAAAGAAGAUUUCGGAACGGGGGGAAGAGCUGGUUACUUUGAUGCAGCUGGAAUUAUCCGGGAUGUGCUUCAAAACCAUUUGAUGCAAAUAUUAACAUUGGUCGCUAUGGAGAAGCCUCAUAGUUUGAACGCUGAAGAUAUACGUGACGAAAAGGUGAAAGUACUGAAGGCUAUUAAACCCAUAGAAAUGAAAGACCUUGUUAUUGGACAAUACGUUGCUGAUCCAACUUUUGAUCAUCCCGAGGCUAGUCAAGGUUACAAGGAUGAUCCAAGCGUUCCGCCAGAAUCCAACACUCCCACAUAUGCAUUGGCUGUGCUGCAAGUGCAUAAUGAACGUUGGGAAGGAGUACCCUUCUUUUUGAGAUGUGGAAAAGCUUUGAACGAGAAGAAAGCUGAAGUUCGGAUUCAAUUCAAGGCUGUUAACGGGGACAUCUACCCAUCAGGCGAACUUAAAAGAAGUGAGUUGGUAAUGAGAGUUCAGCCAAAUGAAGCUGUUUAUCUUAAACUUAUGACAAAAACGCCUGGAAUGGGAUUCGGUGUUGAAGAAUCAGAACUCGAUCUCAGUUAUAAUUCACGAUACAAGGAUGUGAGACUGCCCGAUGCCUACGAGCGUUUGUUCUUGGAAGUGUUUAUGGGGUCCCAAAUCAAUUUUGUUCGCACCGACGAAUUGGAAAAUGCUUGGCGUAUUGUAACGCCCGUUCUCAAAGAAUUAGAGGAUGAAAAAGUGAAACCUAUUGAAUAUAAGUUUGGAAGCCGUGGACCAAGGGAAGCUGAUGAACUUAUGAGAGACCACGGAUUCGUAUUUACUGGAACUUAUAAAUGGGUGAAUCCAUCAUCUAAUAAGUUAUAA